AUGGACGAUCCAGAGAGCUUGCGACAGCCUCUCCUGCGACAUGAAUCCGAUACAGUUCCCGAAUCGGCUACCAUUGGCCGCAAUCUUAGCUGGUCCAGCGCAUAUAUCCUCGUCAUCUCGCGGGUAAUCGGCAGCGGUGUCUUUGCGACGCCUGGAUCCAUAGUCAAAUCGGCUGGCAGUAUCGGAGCUACCUUGUUGGUAUGGAUUGUGGGCACGGUGCUGGCAGCGUGUGGAUUGGCAGUGUCGUUGGAGUAUGGCUGUAUGCUGCCUCGAUCUGGGGGCGAAAAGGUCUAUCUUGAAUUCACCUACCGCCAUCCACGCUUUCUCGCGUCGACCCUCGUCGCCGUGCAGGCUGUACUGCUAGGCUUCUCAGCCAGCAACUGCAUCGUCUUUUCCAAAUACACCUUGUUUGCCCUAACCGAUCAGCCUACCGAGCGCCAGAGCAAAGCUCUCGCGGUCGGUCUCCUCACCGCCGUCACCAUUAUCCACGGCGGCUUCCUCAAGAGUGGCAUCUGGCUUCAGAAUGUCCUGGGAUGGAUCAAGCUCUUCCUCAUCGCCGCCGUGUCCCUCACCGGUAUCUGGGUGAUUCUGUUCCGCUCCAGCAACGAGCUGCCGAACACCCCGACCGACUGGGAUAAUCUGUGGGCCGGUUCCAAUUGGAGUUGGGGCGUGUUGUCCACCGCACUGAUCAAGGUCCUAUAUUCGUACGCGGGGCUGAGCAACGCCAACAACGUGCUGAACGAGGUCCACGACCCCAUAGGCACCUUGCGCACCGUCUGUCCGGCGGCCUUGCUGACCGCGUGCGCCUUGUAUCUGCUGGCGAACGUCGCCUACCUGCUGGUUGUGCCCCUCGACCAGCUCAAGAGCAGCGGUGAGCUCGUUGCCGCGCUGUUCUUCGAACGCGUCUUUGGCGCUCACGUGGGCCGCACGCUUUUUCCCCUCGCGAUUGCUGUGUCAGCAGCUGGUAACGUGAUGGUUGUGGCUUUUGCGCUGGCCCGAAUCAACCAGGAGGUUGCUAGGCAGGGGUUUUUACCUUGGUCGCGACUGUUGUCCUCGUCUCGGCCCUUUGGCUCACCGCUCGGGGGCCUGCUGGUGCACUUCGUCUCCUCGUUCGUGGUGAUUACACUGCCGCCGCAGGGGGACGUCUACAGCUUUAUCCUGGAUGUGGAGGGAUAUCCGAACCAGUUCUUUGCACUCGCCGUGACGGUUGGCCUGCUGCUGCUGCGGAUACGACGGCCGGACCUCUCUAGACCCUUCCGAGCGUGGCUGCCGGCGGUCUGGUUGCGGGUUCUGGUUUGUCUGGCCCUUUUGGCCGCGCCGUUCUUCCCACCCCCGGACUGGAGAGGAGACGUGGAUUUCUUCUACGCAACCUACGCGAUUGUGGGUGUGGGCAUUAUCGUAUUUGGAAUAGCAUACUGGUACAUAUGGACGGUCUUGAUGCCUAGCUGGGGAGGGUAUUCGCUCGGGGAAGAAGACGAGAUGCUGGACGAUGGCACCAGGAUUACAAAGCUGACGCGUUUAUAUGCCGGCGCGAAGCUGAACAGCACCGCGCCAUGGAUUGGUUCGGUUGAAAAUCCAACUGCGUAACCUGCAGCGAGUCAAUGCACCCGGCUAGUUAUACGAAGCAUUGGCUUCCUGAUCAACGUGCCUGGCGCCAUUUCGACUUCUCAGCAGUUUGAUUCGGACAGGGGACCCGCCAACUACAUGUUUCAAACAAAUACAACUAAAAUUCCUACAUGUGUGUGUAGAUUGAAGAUACGCUUCCAGGAGAGAAGAGAAAAUGCACCUCGUCACCCGAC